AUGCCGGGUACUGUUGCAGUCCUACGCACGAGCCCCGUUCGAGUCGGUGGACAAGUUGACGAGUCUGAAGCCUAUUUUCACAGACUUUUCUGGACAUUUCCACCGUGCAUCGAGGCAUUCCGUCAUUGCAAGCCGCUAGUUAGCAUCGACGGCACACAUCUGUAUGGCAAGUACGGGGGAACGUUGCUCAUUGCGAUUGCACAGGAUGGGAACUCGAACAUUCUACCUGUUGCAUUCGCACUAGUAGAGGGUGAGAAUGCAGAGUCUUGGUCAUUCUUUCUCUCCCACCUUCGACAGCACAUGACACCGCAGCCGGGAUUGCUGGUUAUCUCCGACAGGCAUAACGGCAUCAAGGCUGCCCUUGAGGCACCUGACGGAGGGUGGUUACCUCCAUCUGCAUACCUUGCAUUCUGCAUUCGACAUGUAGCUGCUAAUUUUGCCCUAACCUUCAAGGGCAAGGACGCACGGAGGCUUCUAGUGAAUGCUGCUUAUGCGAAGACCGAGGUUGAAUUUGAUUAUUGGUUUGAUAUUCUGCGGUCUGAAGACCCAGCGAUGUGUGAGUGGGCGAACCGGAUUGACUAUUCCUUGUGGACUCAGCAUUGUGAUGAUGGGCGGCGAUUUGGUCACAUGACGACUAAUAUCUCCGAGUGUGUGAACUCAAUACUCAAGGGUGUUAGAAAUCUCCCUGUAUCCUCCCUGGUUAAGGCAACAUAUGGUAGGCUUGCGAAACUCUUUGUUCGUAAGGGGAGAGAGGCUGCGGCUCAGAUGGGAACCGGACAACAAUUCAGUCAGUACUUGGUGAAGUCUAUUGAGGCCAACAUGAAGACGGCCAGGUGCUUCACGGUGACCUUGUAUGACCGUGAUAACUCAGAGUUCACCGUAGCAGAGACCACUCCUACUGGUUCUUUCUCGUUGGGUACCUACAGAGUAUCGCUUGCAUCCCGGACCUGCGACUGCGGAUACUUCCAGGCGCUUCAUUUCCCGUGCUAG